AUGGUCAGAUAUGGUGGGGCUCCUCACCACCACUUUUUGAGACUCAGUUGCGAAGGCAGAAGUUCUGAUUUCAGUACAAUAAUAGUGGGUACUGUUAGACUUCAUCUUCAACGAUCUGGACAAAUCCUGGCUACAGACUUGUCACUAAACUUGACCAAAACGGAAAUGAAUGACGAAUUUCAUCGAGACACCCAAGAAACCCUGACGGUUCUCGACAGACUGGACCUGGACACGGAGAAGCCCAGUGACGAGGAACUGGCCCGAAAAUUCGGGUUCGAGGAGGCCUACUACGAAAACCGUCUGACGUGGUGGCAGAAGCUCAAGCCUAAAAUCUGGUCACUGUUCGACGAACCCUACUCCUCGAACGCAGCCAAGGUCGGUAAUACAACGACUGACAAAAUAAUCGGAGUGAUAUCCGUGUUCUUCAUCUGCGUGUCAAUAUUAUCAUUCUGCCUAAAAACCCAUCCGGACAUGCGUGUCCCAGUGAUAACCACGAACACGAUACGGAAGGGGAAUCACACAAAGAUGCACAUCGAGAAGGAGCACACAAACGCCCACGUGGCGUUCUUUUACGUGGAGGCUCUCUGCAAUGGGUGGUUCACCAUUGAAUUUCUGACCCGCAUUACAGCGAGUCCAAAUCGAUGCGAGUUCAUAAAGUCGUCGGUGAACUUGAUCGACAUGAUAGCAACACUGAGUUUCUACAUCGACCUGGCGCUCCAGAAGUUCGCCUCCCAUCUAGAGAACGCGGACAUCCUCGAGUUCUUCAGCAUAAUUCGAAUAAUGAGACUGUUCAAACUUACGCGACACUCGUCGGGACUAAAAAUUCUUAUUCAGACGUUCAGAGCGUCUGCUAAGGAACUGACCCUGUUGGUAUUCUUCCUAGUCCUCGGCAUCGUCAUCUUCGCCAGCUUGGUAUAUUACGCUGAGAGGAUACAAACAAACCCACACAACGACUUCAAGAGUAUACCUCUGGGUCUUUGGUGGGCCCUAGUCACUAUGACCACUGUUGGUUACGGUGACAUGUGUCCUAAAACUUACGUGGGAAUGUUUGUUGGUGCACUGUGUGCAUUGGCGGGAGUCCUUACAAUCGCCCUGCCGGUGCCCGUGAUCGUUAGCAACUUUGCUAUGUAUUACAGUCACACGCAGGCGCGAGCCAAGCUGCCCAAGAAGAGGCGUCGAGUAUUUCCGGUGGAACAACCUAGGGUGCGUCCUGGAGUACCGGGGGCUGCAGGGCAGGCUGGUGGACACGGGACUGCUUGUAGUCAACAAGCUGCCCUUCUGCCUCCGGGAAGCGGGGGGAUCGGGAGUGGGGGAAGCGGGACUAUCAUUACUCCACAGAACAGGAGGAUGAACGCCAUCAAGACCAACCAUCCUAAGGAUCCAUUUGCUAUUAAAGGUUUGUAUCACUUUUACAUUACUAUCAGUCGGUAA